GCCCUAUUUCAUAAAACUAUUAGUCUAAUACUAAUAAUUUCAAAAAUAUUAGUUCUAAUAAAUAUUUGACUAGUAAAUUUGAGUUUCAUAAAAAAAUCUUUUUCUACUAAUAUAUCCCAUACCUAAACAAAUAUUUUAUUAGUGUAGAAAUUAUUAGUAAAGAAUUCCCAAACAAAAUACUGUAUGCCAUAGUAAAUAUUUUUAAAAAUUAUUUUGACAUGUUUUGAAAAUAAAUAUAAAUGUUGAUUUUUCUGACGCGUUUUGAAAGUUCAAAUUAAAAAUGUGUUCCAAAGAAUUAAAAAUGCAUUUGUUAGAUUUAAUUUUGAAAAAUAAAAGUGUUCUGUUUGGUGCAUUUUCAAAUAAAAUUACCAAACAAGACAAAAGCGAAACAUGGAAAAAAAUACACGAAGAAGCCGUUGCGAGUGGUGUGUUUCAAAACAAGCCUUGGGGCUACAUAAGGGAUGCGUUCUGGCCCAACAUUAAAAAGUCAGCUAUGUUUAAAGUUGACAACGCUAGAAGAACCGGAUCCGAGGGAGGAAAAAAAUGCAUACUGACUGAAAUCGAUCAAAAGGUUUUGGAAAUUUUAUCCAAAGAUGCACCAGACGUGAUUGGGUUACCGGUGACAGAGUCAAUGGAGGUCAGUAAGCAAAAUCCAACAGAAAACGUAGAAACAGUGGUUGAGCAAUCUGUUGAAGACGAUGAUAGUCAGCAACAAAAAGAAAAUCGAACACCACGCAGGCAAAUGUUCUCAUGCACAGAAACAAAAAGGAAGCAACCGAAAUUUGACAACGAGAACAUCUACCGUUUACGAGAAGAAAAACUACUUCUCGAAAUAGCGGGAUUGAAGAAGGACAAUAUAAAAAAAGACCUAGAAACACAAAAUUUGAAGCUUAAAAAUCAACUUCUCGAAAAGCUUGUUUCUGACGGAUGUGGAAAACAAGAUAAUUUGCAAAAACUUUUUGAAUUAACUUGAGAAAAUGUGUAAAUAAACGUACAUAAUUUUAUAUGAAACUCUUUUGUAAUUAAUAAAUUUAUUUGAUUAUCUAAAUGAAUUUACAAGUUCUUGUUGUCUUAUUAUCCCGGA